AUGCUAUUUAAGAAAUCUACCAAAUUUACUUUUUCUUUCCUCGUUAUUCUCGGCUUGAUUUUCGUUGGUUUGGUUAAUGCUACCCCUGUUCCAUCUGAAACAACUGAAAGUGAUCUCAUUUCAUUUCCGGCCAAGAAUGUGAAAAGAGAAUUUACUCCACAUAACGGGACUCUUCAAGAAUUUUUUAAACUAUUUUAUUGCCAAGUUAAACUUGGCGGAUUUUACUUUGAAUGCGAUGAUUCAUCCACCAUCACAGUUUGUACGGGACCAGGCAUACUUCCUGAUGAUAAAAUUUAUACUAUGCAAGUUUACAUAGGUCCUUAUUUAUUUAACGCCGGAGAUUUUGUAUUCACCAAAUUAGGUGAAUUUGGGAUGAAAACUACCAAAUUUUCUUUUGCUUUCCUCGUCAUUCUCAGUUUGAUUUUCGACGAUUUGGUUAACGCUACUCCUGUUCCAGUUAAAACAAAUGAAAGAAGUCUCAUUCCAUUUCCAGUCGAGAAUGUGAAAAGAGUUAUUGUUUUUUAUCGUACUGCUACUCUUCUUCUUGAACUUCUUGAAAUUAUUAAACUCGAAUUUAAAAUUGCGAACAUGUCUUUAAGGAGAAUGGAAUCUUAUACUUCUGAUGAUAUUAAACUUAAUGACGGGGAUUAUGAAGUCACGGAUUUUAGGGCAAAAUUUGACUCGAUGAUUUAA